AUGGGACUUAUUCAUCGUGAUUUAAAACCGGACAAUUUAUUAUUAGAUGCCGGUGGUCAUUUAAAAUUAGCUGAUUUUGGUACUGCUAUACGUGUUGAUCCGAAAACUUCAUUAAUUCACUGUGAUGCAGCUGUUGGAACACCAGAUUAUUUUAGUCCAGAAGUUCUUUUAUCACAGGGAAUUGGUGGUGGGAGUUAUGGAUUCGAAGUGGAUUGGUGGGCAUUAGAUGCUGUUAUUUACGACAUGCUUUAUGGUGUUACACCAUUCUAUUUAGAAACAUUGGUCAAUACUUAUGCUAAUAUUGUGAAUCAUGCAAAUAUUUUGAAAUUCCCUGAAAAAAGUUAA